UCCUCUUUUGGCAACAUGGCGGGUGGAGAAGGUAGAGUGACUCUGGGGCAGCCGCACCUUUCGCGUCAGGAUCUCACCACCUUGGAUGUUACCAAGUUGACGCCACUUUCACAGGAAGUUAUCAGCAGACAAGCCACAAUUAAUAUAGGUACAAUUGGUCAUGUAGCUCAUGGGAAAUCCACAGUCGUCAAAGCUAUUUCUGGAGUUCACACCAUCAGGUUCAAAAAUGAACUAGAAAGAAAUAUUACAAUCAAGCUUGGAUAUGCUAAUGCUAAGAUUUAUAAACUUGAUGACCCAAGUUGCCCUCAGCCAGAAUGUUAUCGAUCUUGUGGGAGCAGUACACCUGAUGAGUUUCCUACAGACAUUCCAGGGACCAAAGGGAACUUCAGAUUAGUCAGACAUGUUUCCUUUGUUGACUGUCCUGGCCACGAUAUUUUGAUGGCUACUAUGCUGAACGGUGCAGCAGUGAUGGAUGCAGCUCUUCUGUUGAUAGCUGGUAAUGAAUCUUGCCCUCAGCCUCAGACAUCUGAACACCUGGCUGCUAUAGAGAUCAUGAAACUGAAGCAUAUUUUGAUUCUACAAAAUAAAAUUGAUUUGGUAAAAGAAAGGCAGGCUAAAGAACAAUACGAGCAGAUCCUUGCAUUUGUCCAAGGUACAGUAGCAGAGGGAGCUCCCAUUAUUCCAAUUUCGGCUCAGCUGAAAUACAAUAUUGAAGUUGUUUGUGAGUACAUAGUAAAGAAAAUUCCAGUACCCCCAAGAGACUUUACUUCAGAGCCCCGGCUUAUUGUUAUUAGAUCUUUUGAUGUCAACAAACCUGGCUGUGAAGUUGAUGACCUUAAGGGAGGUGUAGCUGGUGGUAGUAUCCUAAAAGGAGUAUUAAAGGUGGGCCAGGAGACAGAAGUAAGACCUGGUAUUGUUUCCAAAGAUACUGAAGGAAAACUCAUGUGUAAACCAAUCUUUUCCAAAAUUGUUUCACUUUUUGCGGAGCAUAAUGAUCUGCAAUAUGCUGCUCCAGGCGGUCUUAUUGGAGUGGGAACAAAAAUUGACCCCACUUUGUGCCGGGCUGACAGAAUGGUGGGGCAAAUACUUGGUGCAGUCGGAGCUUUACCUGAGAUAUUCACAGAAUUGGAAAUUUCCUAUUUCCUGCUUAGACGGCUUCUAGGUGUACGCACUGAAGGAGACAAGAAAGCAGCAAAGGUUCAAAAGCUGUCUAAGAAUGAAGUGCUCAUGGUGAACAUAGGAUCCCUGUCGACAGGAGGGAGAGUUAGUGCUGUCAAGGCCGAUUUGGGUAAAAUUGUUUUGACCAAUCCAGUGUGCACAGAGAUUCAUCUAAUUCACCUUGAUUUGAUUAAGGAAUUAGAAUGGGGCCCAGUUCUUACCAAUGAGACACAGAGGAAGUCUGCAGCAAACUUCUAGGAAAUCAUUUCUUUCUUUAAAGAAAAAAGACAAAAGAAAACAUGAUCCCCUUUCUGCUCUGGAGAUUCUUUGCAGGCUGUGAUGCCCGGAAUUGUGACAACCAUAUCACAAUUAUGGGAAGAACUUAGGUUCCUGAAAAUCUUAUUGCAACAUGUUUACAGCCAGCCCUACCCCUGGACUUCAUGUUUAUUAUUUAUAUCAGUCCAAGUUCUUGAAAUGAUGCUGCUUUCAUCUGAAAUACACAAACAAAUAAAAUUAUAUUUAUAUACACAUAAACAUGUAUAUACAUACAUGUAUAUAUAUUUUUAUAGAGUAUUAGAAUGCUACUCUUUCUCAAAAUAUGUUAAAUAUAAACUAAACUUGACUGUUAAUUAUGAUGUGUCCUAAUUUAAUUAUAUGAAAAAUUCUGAUGUUUAAAAAAUAAAAAAUGAAGUUAUAUUGA